AUGACUGACCGACGUCCAGAUCAGCAAGAGAUGUCAAAAGCAAAGAGGGCGAGGACCGAUAACCUUGACCCUAAGCAAAACCCUUACCUGGCGCAUCACUACGAAGUUGAAAUCGACGAUUCCUACUCCAAUGGCAACAGCAACGGCGCGCAAACUGGCUUGUCAGGCUUCAAAAGACAUGCUACCACUGCUGCACAAGCACAUACUGCUGAAGAUGGACCUGCGAACCCAUUCAACAAUGCGCCAUUGUCGAAACAAUACUUCAAUAUUCUGAAGACCAGACGAGAUCUUCCAGUCCACAAGCAGAGACAGGAAUUCCUAGACAUGUUUCACAAAACUCAGAUCCUGGUUUUCGUUGGUGAAACGGGUUCUGGAAAGACUACACAGAUUCCUCAGUUCGUCCUCUUCGACGACUUACCCCACUUCAACGGAAAGCUCGUGGCCUGUACCCAGCCUCGUCGUGUCGCUGCAAUGUCAGUUGCUCAGCGUGUGGCUAAUGAAAUGGAUGUGAAGCUUGGUGAGGAGGUCGGGUACAGCAUUCGAUUUGAAGAUGUGACUUCUUCCCGGACGAUUCUGAAAUAUAUGACCGAUGGUAUGCUUCUGCGAGAGGCUAUGCAUGAUCACAACUUGACGAGAUACAGCUGCAUCAUUCUUGAUGAGGCUCACGAACGUACACUUGCGACGGAUAUUCUGAUGGGUUUAUUAAAGGAAGUUGCGCUGAGACGUCCAGAUUUGAAGAUUGUUAUCAUGUCUGCUACACUCGAUGCACAAAAGUUUCAGCGCUACUUCAACGAUGCGCCACUCCUGGCUGUCCCUGGUCGAACUCAUCCCGUCGAGAUCUUUUAUACCCCAGAGCCGGAGAGAGACUAUGUCGAGGCUGCUCUGCGAACAGUUCUCCAAAUCCAUGCCACCGAACCGGAGGGAGAUAUUCUACUUUUCUUGACUGGAGAGGAGGAAAUUGAAGACGCGUGUAGAAAGAUCUCACUUGAGGCAGACGAGAUGAUACGAGAAGCUGAUGCAGGGCCAUUGAAAGUUUACCCACUUUAUGGAACUUUACCUCCUGCGCAGCAACAACGCAUCUUCGAGCCAGCACCACCACCGGCUAGACCUGGCGGGCGACCAGGCCGUAAGGUCAUUGUAGGAACCAACAUUGCAGAAACUUCUCUGACAAUUGACGGUAUCGUGUACGUCGUUGAUCCUGGUUUCAGUAAACAGAAGGUCUACAACCCACGUAUACGAGUCGAGUCUCUGCUUGUUUCUCCGAUUUCCAAAGCCUCGGCACAACAACGAGCUGGUCGUGCAGGUCGUACACGACCCGGAAAGUGCUUCCGUUUAUACACUGAGGCUGCUUUCAAGAAGGAGCUUAUUGAGCAGACAUAUCCCGAAAUUCUAAGGUCAAAUCUUGCCAAUACUGUCCUGGAGUUGAAAAAGCUUGGAAUCGAUGACUUGGUACAUUUCGAUCUUAUGGAUCCACCAGCCCCCGAGACAUUGAUGAGAGCACUCGAGGAAUUGAACUACCUUGCUUGUCUCGAUGAUGAUGGAGAUUUGACUGCUCUAGGCAAACUUGCUUCUGAGUUUCCUCUCGACCCAGCACUUGCUGUCAUGCUCAUCUCCUCGCCCGAGUUUUACUGCUCCAACGAGAUCUUGUCCCUGACUGCUCUGCUGUCAGUUCCCCAGAUAUUUGUUCGACCAGCGAGUGCAAAGAAGCGCGCAGACGAGAUGAAAGCCCUCUUCGCACACCCAGACGGUGAUCACCUCACCAUGCUCAAUGUCUAUCACGCUUUUAAAGGACCUGCAGCUCAACAAGACCAAAAGAAAUGGUGUCAUGAGCAUUUCCUGAGUCUGCGAGCACUCCAAUCUGCCGACAAUGUUCGUCAGCAACUGAAGCGAAUCAUGGAAAAGUCGGAAUUGGAACUCCUCAGUACUGAUUUCAACGACAAAGACUACUACACCAACAUCCGCCGUGCGCUCGUCGCUGGUUUCUUCAUGCAAGUCGCGAAGAAGGAUCCUUCCGGUAAGACGUACAAGACUGUUAAGGAUGAUCAGAGCGUUCUGCUUCACCCUAGUACGGUUCUUGGCGUCGACAGCGAUUGGGUAGUUUACAAUGAAUUUGUGCUCACAACGAAGAACUAUGUCCGAACUGUCACGGCUGUCAGACCUGAGUGGCUAUUGGAUAUCGCCCCAACCUACUACGAUCUAUCGACCUUCCAAAAGGGUGAAAUCAAGACAUCUCUCCAGAGGACACUGGACAAAGUAAAGAGAAAGCAAGCCAUGAAGGGAGGAAGAUAG